AAAAUUUUUUAUUUUGCUCAGUUGUUUCUUGUCAAUGAUUUCAGAUGGUUUUCUUAAAGAAUUAUUUAAAGCAGAAAGUAUUUUGUUAUUUGAAAUUGAACAUAGAUUAGAGACAGCAAAAUAAAUUGCAUAAUAUUUUUUGUUUCCUGGGCACUAAAAAAUCUUCAGAAUUCCAAAGAUGAGAAUGCGGGAAAUUUUUAAAACUCCUGGAGAGGAGUCCGAAACUGACGAACUUGAUGAACUAGCCGACGUGGAAGAUGUUGAGGAUGUGGUUGCAUUUGAAGCAGACGUAGUUCAAAACCUCGAUUCAGAAGACUCUGAAGUCGAAUACGGUAUAGCAUAUGGCGACGGUAGCGUGCAGGUUCAGAAUGAUUCUGACGAAGAUGGAUCGGAUUUUGACCCAGAUGAUUUUGAAAACAGUUCAGACUUUCAACCCGAUGAUUCUGAUGAAUCAAUGUCUGAUUCUGACAACAAAACAGAAGUGAUACACAAGUCCGCGAAACAGGAAAAACGUAAUACGAAAGUAAAUUCAAAUGACGAAGACGGCCCUAGCUCAAGUGGAACUGGAAGAAACAACGAAGAUAAUCAUACGAGUGAUGUACUAGAGCUCAACGAAGAAGACGAGGAUGACGAAACAGUACGCGCCAUGAUUGCAGCGAUAAAAAAGCCACGCUCCGUUCCCCCAGAAAUUAAGUUGGACGAUUUUAUUACUGACGUUUGUUUUCAUCCAGAGCGCGAUAUUAUAGCGCUUGCGACGAUAACCGGUGAUGUGAGUAUUUAUGAAUAUGCGAACGAAGGCAAUACAUUACUACGCAAUAUUGAAAUACAUGCAAAAUCAUGCAGAGAUGUUGAAUUUACCGAGGAUGGUCGUGAUUUACUUACGUGUUCCAAAGAUAAAUCCAUUAUGAUCACAGAUAUGGAGACAGAAAAACUUAAAAAAUUUUAUGAAAGCGCACAUGACGAAGCCAUAAAUAAAUUGCAUGUUAUUGAUGAACACUUGUUUGCAACUGGUGAUGAUGGUGGUACAGUAAAGCUUUGGGAUUUACGCACUAAAGAUGCGAUAUUCUCUCUAAAAGAGGUUGAAGAUUUCAUAUCCCAAAUGCUAACAAAUGAAACAAAAAAGUUGUUAUUGGUCACAAGUGGAGAUGGUUAUCUCACUACACUAAAUUUAGGCGCACGUAAGUUGUUCGUACAAUCGGAACCCUAUGAGGAGGAACUACAUUGUAUGGGUACAUUUCGUGGUAAUUCAAAACUAGUCGUGGGUACAUCAAAAGGACGUCUUUAUGCUUAUAAUUGGGGUCAGUUCGGUUAUCAUUGUGACAUGUAUCCAGGUAUUAAGACUGCCAUUAGUGAGAUGAUACCUAUAACGGAUCGCAUCUGUUGUGUGGCCGGUGAAGAGGGUAUUAUACGUGCAUGUCACGUUGCCCCAUUCCGUAACUUGGGUAUUGUUGGGCAACAUAAUAUGCCAAUUGAAAAUUUGGAUGUGAAUAAUACCGGUGAAUUGAUUGCUUCGUCUUCACACAAUAAUGAUGUACGUUUUUGGAACGUAAAAUAUUUUGAAGACUUCGCCGAUAUAAAAUACAAUGAAAAACAUAAUACAUUUAAGGAUAAGCGACACAAUUUGCCUUCUUCAAAGUUCACAAAUGCUGGUGAUUUCUUCGCUGAUUUAGCGAAAUCGCCUAACGAAGACAAUGAAUAAUAAAUACCGAAUAAUAGACCUAUAAUAGAUGUAUACGUUGAAAGUAUGUAUAAGAAAUUGAUUGUAUGUAUUGUAAAUUUUUGUAAGAAACUUGUGUUUAAUUAUAGAAAAGUUAAGACAAAUUAA